CUAAGUUUUUGUUUUAAAACACAUAAGCAAAGGUUAUUGUUGCCCAUUAGAGACUGACUGGAAAGGCCCAAAAAAGCUUCUCUCACAGUAGUUGAAGAACAGAAAGCAGCUACGCCAUCUGUGGGCAAAUCAAGCUGUUGAAGACCGUUGGGAUGCUGGUAGUCACUCGGGUGCGGCAGAUGAAGGUGAAGGCACCCUGGAGCUUGGCCCAGUGUUGAACCAGAACCAGAACCUGCACCAGAUUGUGUUUUUUGGUGGGGUUAAAGCCAUGACCAAGCCCGAGACGAGGAAAGGCGGCGUGGUCUCGAUCGACGCUCCCGGCAAGUGCGCCACAUCCGCAUCCGCCGGUCAGCUGGUGGAGCCCGGCUCGCCGAAUCACAGCACACAUAUCAAAGCCAAUGUCAUGAAGCAGACCUCCAGGGAGAGCAUGCAUCGCAGAAACACGGAGUGUGAAGUCUUUGACGACGGGACCAACACCUUUUUCUGGCGAGCCCAUACUGUGACAGUGCUGUUCAUAUUGACCUGUGCUCUAGUCUACGUCACGCUGUUGGAAGAAACCCCCCAGGACACGGCAUACAACACUAAGAGGGGGAUUGUGGCCAGCAUCCUGGUGUUUCUCUGUUUUGGCGUGACACAAGCCAAAGAUGGACCGUUCACCAGACCACAUCCAGCUUACUGGAGGUUCUGGCUUUGUGUCACUGUCGUCUAUGAGCUGUUCCUCAUCUUCAUCCUCUUCCAGACGGUGCAUGAUGGACGACAGUUCAUGAAGUACAUUGACCCCAAGCUUGGGGUCCCCCUCCCGGAGCGCGACUAUGGAGGAAACUGCCUUAUAUACGACCCGGGCAACACCACCGACCCCUUCCACAACAUCUGGGACAAGAUAGAUGGCUUUGUUCCAGCUCACUUCCUGGGAUGGUAUAUCAAGACUCUGGUGAUUCGCGACUGGUGGAUGUGCAUGAUAAUCAGUGUAAUGUUCGAGUUCCUGGAAUACAGCCUGGAGCACCAGUUACCUAACUUCUCAGAGUGCUGGUGGGACCAUUGGAUCAUGGAUGUGUUGGUGUGUAACGGUCUGGGGAUCUACUGUGGCAUGAAGACCCUGGCCUGGUUAUCGAUGAAGCCUUACCAGUGGCAGGGCCUGUGGAACAUUCCUACAUACAAGGGGAAGAUAAAGCGUAUUGCAUUCCAGUUCACACCGUAUAGUUGGGUAAAGUUUGAGUGGAAGCCUGCUUCAAACCUUCGUCGCUGGCUUGCUGUGUUAGGCAUCAUCUUUAUGUUCCUCUUGGCGGAGCUGAACACCUUCUACCUGAAGUUUGUGUUGUGGAUGCCUCCUGAACACUACCUGGUGCUGCUCCGCCUGGUCUUUUUCGUCAACGUUGGAGGCGUAGCCAUGAGGGAAAUCUACGACUUCAUGGAUGACCCGAAGUUCCACAAGAAGCUUGGCCAGCAGGCGUGGCUGGUGGCAGCAAUCACAGUGACCGAGUUCCUCAUCGUGGUCAAGUAUGAUCCCAACACCAUCAUGCUGCCCAUCCCCUUCUUCAUCAUGCAGUGCUGGUUCUUAGGAAUCGUCCUCAUCUUCACCUGGACCCUGUGGCGCUUUUUCAUCCGUGACAUCACGCUCCGUUACAAAGAGACCCGUCAACGCAAACAGGAAGUCCCCGCGGACAGGGACCGCACUCUGGGCAACGGCAACAGCACAGCCACCCCGUCCGGGCGGAGCAAACUGAACGGCAGCUCCGAGACGAUGCGACAGAGGAAGUCCUGGGGGGGGGGAGCGACGUGGGACGGUCAGGUGCAACUGAAGCGGAAAGGACGAGGUUUGAUUGGAGAAAACAAAAAACGAGAAGACUGAAGACGAUUCUUGACACAAAGACACAUGUAGAGCCAAACAGAUGGACACACGUUUGUGCUGCGUUGACUUUUUUGGUGCCUACUUGAACCAAGUAGUCAUUCAACAGAGGCGGGGAUUGCAAAGGGGGCAAUUUUCAUUCAGAAUUGUCUUGUUAUUGUCUUACUACAGGGAUUUACCUCAUUCUAAUUUUUUUAAGAGUAUUUGGGAAAUCACACACGGAUACAUUUUUUGUGUUAUUUGAACAUUAUUUUGGACGUUGGGUAUUGAGGGGGAAAAACACAAAGCGCUGAAUCAAAGAGAGGGAAAGUACUGGAUGAAGGAUGUAGGUGACCAGGGAAGAAGAUAGACUUGUGACCAAUAAUAGCAGUUUUUCACUUUAUUAGUUGCACUCUUUAACAUUGAAAAGAGUUGAGCGUCAGAAACUUGCCCGCUACUGUAAAUAUGCUUCGUUCUGUGUGUUCUGUGCGGUCGUAUCAGUGCAGAUGAGAGUAUUGGCAGCAGCUAUGUGUUUCUUUAGGUGUAGGUAACUGAUGUUCAGUGUCAACCUGGGAUUUUGGCCACAAUAUUGCCAAUCAGCAGUUAGAAUGGAGCUAGCUUGAUGAUAAGUUGUUAAUUUUUUUGUUGUUUACAGUUCAGGUUCUCAUUCCUGGAAGAACUGAGCCUCGAGGCCCUUUUGACUUCUGGGAAUCCUCGCUCAGUUUGACACAGAGAGGAAAAACUGGCCAAAGCCUUGAUCUCCUCUCUGGCUUUGUUCUUAAAAAGAACGGCAACUUUGUUUAAAAAAAAAAAAAAAAAAAGAAAAAUCAAGAUGUACCAUAUUCUAGUUAUUUAACUGCUUAUUAUGCGUUGUAUAAUUGGUACAGUUUUGGGUGUAAUUUGUCUAUGUUUUCUUCUUCUUGUUAUUCCUUUAGGGUAAAACGAUUAUGAACACUAGAUUGUACUCAAUUUUCCUUUUUUUUUUGUGAAAUGAGGCACUGAGAAAUCUGCAGCACUCUAAUGAACACCUCCAUGACAAUCACACUAACAGAGAGAUGUGCUCCAUCCUGAUCGAGACACGCCGGCUCAAAUACAGAAAACUAACGCAUGUCAGAGAUCUGGACGUUCCUCCACUGUUACUGGAUUGAAUAAUAAAAGACUGGGCUCAACUGAUUAAGUCAUAUAAGACCCCUGAAAUUAAUAUCUUUAAUGCCAAAUGCUUUAUUUUAAAUUUAACUCUUACAUUUUAUUAAUAAUCUGGUGCUCUGCAGUGUCUGACUCAGCUGAAACAAAAUGAAAACCAGCCUUAGAUGGGGGAAAUGAAGGUUUUGUUUUAAGGUUGUGUUUUGGUUUGGGUAGAGAACCAUCCUCUUCCAGCUCUGUAGGGUUGCCAUAUUGCACAUGCAACAAGCCAAAGCUUAGAUCCCAUUCUUGCUAAAGCCAUAAAUGCCACUCAGACCCACGUGAGCUGCUCAAACAGCUGUUAAACCUCAUUUCUAUUCCUUUACAUUUCAACUAAAGUCCAGUCCCAAUUCCAGCGGGAUCACGUCAUGUCAGCGAACACAUUUUUAUUUCCCAAAAAUAAAUUGAAAUCUGGAGGUUUAGACUAUUCCAACCAAAUUUACUUAUGUCCAAAAUUGGCGACCUCAACUCCGACUUCAAUGUCUCAAUCUUAACAUGUUUAAUCAUCUCAGUAGCUUCAAUUUCAUAGACAGUAACAAGCUUGUUAUCUGUGUGAGCGGUAUCUGUCAAACAUUCUCUGGUUGCAGCUUCUCCAGUGUGAAAACAUACUGUUUGUCUUCUCUUAUAUGAUAGUAAACUCAAUAUCUUUGGUUUUUGGACUGUUUGACGGACAAAACAAGAUAUUUGAAGACAACUAUAAAUCAUUAAAUGACCAUUGUCCUUUUAUUCUGACCUAAUAUAGACAAAUAGUUUAGGAAAUAAUCAAUAGAUUAAGCAAUGAUUAGCUAGUUGCAGCCUAAGAUGUACUGAACUUUUCAGAAUGCUACAAAAAAAAAAAUACGCUUUACGCUGAUGUCCAACUCUUUCGAACUGAAAAUAACACUCUUGCAUUGAAUAUUCUGUGUUUCCUAAAAGUGUCCCUCAGAAAGCUUUAGUCCGUGGCUGUUAGAGAAUCAGCUGUACAUUUCUGUGUCACUCAUUGUGUCCCAGUGGCUACAUACGACGUAGUUGAAGACAAAGUAGGCGACAUCUGUGAACCUAGCUCCAAAUGUUCCCGUUGUAAACUAGGCUGACAGUGUAGUCAUUAUCUUGUGAAUGUAACCCAGCAGAAUCUGCUGUUCAAAUGAGAGGGUCUGUUCAUUAUGUAUCAAUUUAAUUUUGGCAUAAACACCAAACCAAAGUUUGCCAUUUCUGAAAGGCUCAUUUUCACGCUAAUCCAGGCUGUAACUGUUUGCAUUUUCCUCCCUCUUUUUUUUGAAUACAGAGAUUAGAUUGCCGUGCAAGUUUUUACACCCUUAAAAACGACGUUAAGCUGAUGUGUCAAAGUUUGUACUUGUUAUCCUGUGCUGUGCAUAUUCAGUUACUUGUGAACUUGGUAGAGGUUCAGCAAGUUUCCUCCUUUCUUUAAUGAAAGCUCUUUAGACAUGGGCUAGGGUUUCACUGUGCACCUGUGUCCAUGCUUAAACCGACCCAAGUCAUGAAUUUGCACAUCAGCUCUGAAAUCACAAAAUAUAGAAUUCAGAAACUGAACUCGUUAAUGAGCAGUGGAACGAAAAUAGGAACCUGUCCCAAUUUAAAAAAAGGACUUUUUUCUUAUAGUGUUUUAGGGUUCAGUGUAAUUUCCCUUUCCAGCCACAUGGGGGUGAUAGAUGUUAAGUUUUUGUCUCUGACCCGGUCAUUCGCAACUUGCUAUAAAAGCCAUUUUCAACUUGGUUUGUGUAAAUGUGAACAUCAUAAAGAUCUUAAUAACUGAAAUAUGCUGCUGCACCACAUCAUUUUAUAAUGUUUUCAAUAAAAUUAACUGAAAAACCUGAA